AUGGACGUUGACUACGAGGAUGAUGCGCUUGAGGAGGGAGCCCGACCUGCAGGACGACGUAUGAAGGGCCGCGGCGGCGAGGAAGAUGACCGUUACGCUGGGAAGGCCGGCAAGUUCGAGAGGCUGGAUGAUGACGAUGCCUGGGGCCUCAGCCGAGAUGCGAAUGGUCAAAGUCGGAGAAGCUGCAUCCGUCACAACAGGAUGUUCCCAUGGCGCCACGUUCUUCGCGUCGCUUGCCUGGCGGCGCUGUCCGCCUCUGCUGGAUUGGCUUCGGUGGCCUUCAACACCCAGGGCCGGCUGCAGCGGGGAAAGGCACCGACGACCGCGACAGCGAAAGCGUCCUGUCUGGUGCCGGUGUAUCAAGGCAUGUCCUUGCUGCAACAGGUUGGCGACCACAUGGAACCGGUGCUGCUCACCGCACCGCUGCCGGGCGGUGAGGCGCCCGUGUGGCUGGGCCGCGGGGAGGGCGACUUGCGCGAGCUGCAGGAGAAGUUGGGGGUGGAUCCCAUGGAUGGUUUCUGGAUGUUGGACCUUUCCCCGCUGCCCAGCGCCCCGAGCGCCGCGGUACUGGGCGUGUCGUCCAGCGCCCGCUGGGCGAAGUUGCGCGACCGCCGCGCCGUGCCGGCGCCGCUGGAUCUGCUGGCGCCCGACUGCGCGGCGCUGCUGGCGCUGGCCAAUGGCAUGGCGCAGUGGCACCGCGGCGUGCGCUUCUGCGCCAAAUGUGGAGGCCCCACCGAAGCGCACCGGGGCGGCCUGAACCGCCGCUGCAGCGCCUGCGGAAGCCGCUUCCGGCCGCGCGUGGAUCCUGCGAUGAUCGUCCUGGUGACGCGCGGGGAACGCUGCCUACUGGGCCGCAAGGCCGUGUGGCCGCCUGGGCGCUUCUCCGCGCUGAGUGGCUUCGUGGAGCUCGGCGAAAGCCUCGAGGAGUGUGUGGUGCGCGAAGUCCGCGAGGAGUCAGGUGUCGCGGUGGACGCUGCGUCCAUUCGUUUCGUGGCCUCCCAGCCCUGGCUCUUCCCGCGCUCGCUGCUGCUGGGCUUCACCGCCCAGGCGGAGAAUGAACGGAUCGAAGUGGACCAGGAGGAGAUGGAGGAUGUGCGAUGGUUUGAAGCCAGCUACCUGCGCGCUGCCCUUGCCGACAAAGAUGCGGCAGAUGGGUUUAAUAUUCCUUCCAAGACCUCCUUGGCACAUCGUUUGAUCACGGGAUGGUUGAAAGACGUCGAACAGCAGAGAUAGAAAAUGACAGAAA